AUGGGCAGCUGUACUUAUCCAACUGCAACACAUUCCGUAAUCGCGUUUACCGUUCGGACGAUGUUUUUUUUAAGUUUUUGAAGAGACUGGACAAAGCGUUUGGAGGCAUGAGCAGGAUGGACGCAUGAAAAAGGUUGAGAAGCAGCGGAAUUCUUUGGUUAAGAAGGAAAGUGCUCGGGGAAUUGGUACGCCUCGAACGAGAACCGCUGCGGCUGCUGUCAUACUUUCUCGCGGUAAAGGCCAUUUCGUUGAAAAGCGGACCAGCGUUCCAUUUAAAUAGUCUGCGUCGGCUGUUACCAGAUCAUGUGGAUCUAGAUCGAUCUAUUCGGGACCCCUUUCCAGCACAACUUAAGAAAUUGUGAUUUUUUUUUGAUUGUUGCACUAAUUUUACAAUUUUUAUUUAAUUUUAUUUGUAGGAAAAGUUUUAAGAAGAUGUUCUGCAAAUGUACGAGUAUACGAAAGUGGCGAGGUGCUCGGUAGCAAAGGUUAGAGCAAGGUGGGCAUGAGGCUUGCGCGAUUCGGCAGGACUGCACGAGUUGGUCAAGUUGAUCCACGAAGACACGCAGGACGAGUUCACCACGGCGAGUACGAGUUGGCGCAGACGACGCGUGACCUGCUCGAUAUGGAACUCACAGCGACGGCCGGAGGUGUGCGUCCAGGUCAAUUGCUCGCCGAAUCCACUCGGUACUCGACGUCCGUGGCACAAGAUCCCCGCACUCUGGUGGUGCUACUGCGGUACGAUCCCUUCAAAUUUACCCAACGCGUAUUCAGCACAGCGAGCUAGACAUUAGCUUCGCGUACACCAAGCACAUGCGAAUGGCAAGAGGGCGUAAGCGCGAGUAAGACCAGUUAAACUUUGAGUGCCGAGUAGAACAUCGAGACGGAGGAAAACGAAACUGACGACUCCCUGUCCGUUGCUACAUGAAACUCGGCCAGCAGCUACGUGCGUCUCGCAUGCUACGAGAAAGGCCAUCAAGCACGACCCAAACGUGUACAAGGCGUGAUAUCUCUAAGCGUACAUGAACUUCGAGGUCUUUCAGAACCAAAAGCAACAGGAAGACUUCCAGAAGUACCUUGAACGGAGAGUACGUUACUUUCCAGUUGAUGCGCCGUGAAAAGACCUCAAUAACACUCGUGCUGACCUCGGACGAUACCGCCGAUGGUCCACCGACAUCUAAGCUGUACGACCCAAAGGCCGGCAGGCAACAGUAUCCUCACCAGCUCGUUGCCGAUUCGGCCGGAAUUAACAGCAUAAUCGAUCGCGAACAGCAAGAACGCGUCGACGGAAUGGACUGCCCGGAGAACAUUUUUGUGCAGCAAGCCCUCGAGCAGCUUAAAGAGCGUAGGGAGAAGGUAGCGAGCAAGAAGAUUACGGAACCAUCGUCGGAACCAGCUGCUCCGUUGGACGAGCAAGCCGAACCGAUCACGGAAUCGCCAGAGCCAACUCUAACUGCCGACGUCGGUCAACCGCUGCAGGACAGCAACUUUUUGCAGAGCGACAUCGUGCAGACGCUGCACUGCGAAACUUCCGACUACUUUUACUUCUUCCAGGCCACCGACGGCCAUCUUCACAGCCAGUUCCACAAACGCGUUCGAACCGUUAACCAAGCCGCCGGCUCCAAAGCUGAUUCAUAUAACUGGCUCGAAAAUGUUCACUGCCCCGUUUGCGGAACGCAGAUACGGUUCGAUCUCGACUGUCGACGCCGAAGAGGAGCUGAUGGAAAGAGCACGCUCCCACGAGUUCCGCAACAAUCUGAGCUUUGCCAUUGAGGCGGCG